CCAUCGCUCUGCUUCCCGCCUCCGCAGCUUAUUCUCUCCGUAUUUUUCCUCUGUUUCAUGCAUUUGUUAUUUCUUCAGUAGGAGCUUGUUGUGGAUCGAUUUCCGAAUCCGCGGGCGUUAAUUCUUUUGAUCCCGACAGAAACUCUGGGAAUUUUGUGCUGUUUUUCUACUCGCUCCGCGGAGAAUUCCGGUGGAUUUCUGGUUUAUCUGGAAGUGAGCAGCGUGACGAGAUCUUACUUCAACUUUCGUGUGGCCAAACGUAGGAAAAAUAUGCAAAGAAUUACUCGAUUAUGAACUUGACGAAGUUUCUUCUGCAUUAAUCUCUCUCGCCAAUUCGAGGGUUUUUUUGUAGUCCUUGUUGGAUUAUUUAUGGCUGCAGCUACUGCUUCAGAGGGAAUAAAGCCUAGAGAUGCAUGCAUUGUGGGAGCUGUUCGAACGCCAAUUGGUGAUCUAAUGGGUUCUUUGUCAUCCCUUUCUGCUACCAAACUUGGAUCUAUUGCAAUCAAGGGUGCACUCAAAAGGGCAGGUUUACAGCCGUCAGAAGUGCAAGAGGUCUUCUUUGGCAAUGUUUUGUCUGCCAACCUUGGUCAGGCGCCUGCUAGGCAAGCUGCACUCGGUGCAGGAAUACCCAAUUCUGUUGUUUGUACCACAAUCAAUAAAGUUUGCUCCUCGGGGUUAAAGGCAACAAUUCUGGCAGCACAGAGCAUUCAGUUGGGUAUCAACGAUGUUGUUGUCGCUGGUGGCAUGGAAAGCAUGUCAAAUGCACCACAUUAUAUUCGAGAUUCAAGGAGGGGGCUUCGACUGUCACAUGGAACAAUAAUUGAUGGUUUACUCAAGGAUGGUUUGUGGGAUGUUUAUAAUGAUUAUGCAAUGGGUAUGUGUGGAGAGCUUUGUGCGGAGCAACAUUCGAUAACUAGAGAAGAACAGGAUGCAUAUGCCAUUCAAAGUUUUAAGAGGGGAAUUGCUGCACAAAAUGCUGGUGUACUAGCACUGGAAAUAGUGCCCGUUGAAAUACCUGGUGGACGGGGAAAAUCAUCAAUAUUUGUUGAUAAAGAUGACAGCCUAGGGAAGUUUGAUCCUGUAAAACUAAGGAAGCUCCGGUCAGCUUUUAAGGAUGGAGGUUCUGUUACAGCUGGGAAUGCAUCAAUAAUUAGUGAUGGAGCUGCUGCACUUAUCAUGGUGAGUGGAGAGAAAGCACUAAAACUAGGGGUUCCAAUAAUUGCAAGGAUUAGGGGCUAUGGAGAAGCAGCUCAGGCACCAGAAUUAUUUACAACUGCACCAGCUCUUGCAAUACCAAAAGCCCUCUCAAAUGCUGGCGUGGAGGCUUCACGUGUUGAUUAUUAUGAAAUAAAUGAAGCUUUUUCUGUUGUGGCACUCGCAAACCAGAAGCUGCUUGGUCUGAAUCCUGAGAAGGUUAAUGUGCACGGAGGAGCUGUUUCAUGGGGACAUCCAAUUGGUUGCAGUGGUGCACGUAUUCUUGUCACUUUACUUGGAGUUCUGAGGCAGAAGGACGCAAAAUUUGGAGUAGCGGCAAUUUGCAAUGGUGGCGGCGGAGCUUCGGCACUAGUUGUAGAGUACAUGCAUGGGGUGGCACUGAAGCGUGCAUUGCUUUGAUCUGCAUCCUUUUCUCUGCAUAGCCCAACUUUGUCUUUGUCAUGGUGAAGCAAUUGUCUGUGAAGUCAACGUUUUCUUUUCUGACGUGAUAGCUUAGCGAGGACACCGGCGAAAGUUCCGGCCGCUCAAAAAGGAUGUUCUCAAGUCCUUCACGUUGGUGAUGGUCAUUAGCGUCAAAGUAACUGGCUUGUAUACACUUUUAUGUAUAAGCUCAUAAUGUUAUGACCCAGCCAUCCCCGUUCAGAAACAUGCAAAAUGACCCUUAUUAAAAAAUCUCCCUUUAUUUUAGAAACAAGCUUAUGAUGUUAUAAUACCGCAUCCCCUUCGGGAACGUGCACGGAGACCCCCCUGAUGGAAAAUUUAGCAAUAAUAACUUCCAAGAGAUUGUGAUAACCU